AUGGUCGGCCCUCUAGCGACAUGUGUCGUCAAUUCUGAAGGCACUUGUCUGCCCGUUACUGCGCUCCGAUCCGUUCAAAUCUACGGAGGACUGCUAGUAUUAGCAGGGCAGGGUCCCCACUUACAUGUCUAUAACCAACAUGGACACCGACUUCUGGCUACACGGGUCUUCGAGGCUCAGCCCGUUCAUGGCAUUCAGGUCGCCACGGACCCCGACCCCCAACAGCGAACGCAAUGUAUCAGCCUCGUUCUCUGGGGCGGACCGUUGUUGAAGUCUGGCAGAUUGACUAUCGUGGCUGAUGGCGACAAUGCCGGAGAGGUCAAACUGGAUUUCUGCGUGCUGGGCGCAUUCACUUUACCAGACUGGAUUCUGGACGUCGCACUGCUCAGCUCGAGCAUCUUCCUGUUGACCGCGCAUGACGUGCUUCUCGAAGUAACUGCUCCAGGAGAAUCUCACUCGGACAAACAAUGCCCAAAUUUAGUGGCCGUCAUAAAGGGGCCGGAAUCCUUCCUAUAUUCGGGAGACUUAUGCGUUGCUAGCUCAGACCUCAUCAUAGUAGCCUCCGGUACCGUCUUCGGGGAGAUCUUGGUUUGGAUUUGCUUUAAGGGAAGCAAAGACAAUGAAUGGUCAACCUUGACGAAACACAUAUUCCAUGGACACAGAGGCUCCAUAUUCGGCGUGGCUAUCUCUGAGCCUGUCGACCUAGCCGGACGCAAUGGACGUCUGCUGGCGAGCUGCAGCGAUGACCGCACAAUCAGGCUCUGGGACAUCAGUGACUGUGACGAGCCAGCCCAUGCCACAUCUUCCAACAUCCCUUUGACGGAAACGGGCUUUGGAAAUGCCGCACAGGCGGGAGAGCCUCAGUUAGCAUCUGUCUGGGCCCAUCAAUCACGCAUAUGGGGCGUUGAAUUCAUCUCGCACCGAGCGACUAGAGGUGGAUCUCGGGUGCUCCUAGCUUCAAGGGGCGAGGAUGCUACAUUGCAACUCUGGUCUUACGAAUCUCCUCCGGGUUUCGUUACCGAUACAGAGAUGGCUGGCCUCCUCAAGCCGAUAUACCAGGAUCGACAUCAUAGCGGCAAAAAUAUAUGGUCCAUGUCGCAGCUCGGACUCGGAGAAUACUUGACAGUCUGCACCGGCGGCGCUGACGGGCAGGUUAUAUUGAGACGUCUAGAGACCGGUGGGCUCUGCACCACCACCUCCUCCCUCACAGUUUCAAAAUCUUUCAAUGAGAUCACUGGAUCUUCUCAAGCAUUGAAGCAUUACCUCAUAUUGAAUCAGAAUGAAUGCCUCGCAACAACUGAGUCUGGUGAGCUAUAUCGCUUGAGGACCACUACGGGGCCGGUUGAGGUCGACCAAGUCCACAAGAGUCCCGGAAGAGGUGCCCCUGUGGCUUGCUAUGCUGACGAGCAGGGAGUCACCUUCCUAGCACAACAGAGGGGGGGACUUUCGGCCUUACUCGCGGACUGGAGCACUCCCAUAUCCAUCCCACUUUCUGUGGAAAUCGGCAUAUCCUGGAUGCAGGUUGCGUCUCAGGGCGUUGCCGGUCUAUCAUCCACUACUAUCUGUUUGGUGGCGGUGCUCACAGACAAACGAGCAAUCGUCCUUUGGCUAACACUAGACAAUCUGGUGUUUAGUGUCAAGGAGACCAUCAUCUUACUGCCCAGUACUUUCGCGGUCACAGCCUGUCGUUAUGAUCCCGCCAGAGAAGUCCUCUAUCUGGGAUCCCGCGCUGGUGCACUGGCGGUCUAUAGAUCGGUGGCCCCUACAACGGAAACUUCUGGAGAGCCAUUCUGCCUUCGCCAUCUUCACGGUUCUGACAGCGUGACCUCAAUAACCAUUCUGAACUGGGAUUUGAGGCUUCAAGAUGAUCUCGACAAGACCCGGACAGUACACGUCCUGACCACAGGGCGUGAUGGGACAUAUGCUAUACAUCGUCUUACUAUGCCAGAGCCUUCUCUAAAAACGGAGCUCGGAUUAUGCACCGUCCACCUAUCUUCACCACCAUUCGGUCCCAACAUUGAAGGUGCAUAUUUCAGUUCUCAGGGAUCAUCUCUUUUGCUGGACUCCCCGGACCUGAUACUCUACGGCUUUCGCUCGACCUCUUUCGUCGUCUGGAACGAGACACAGCAAUCUCUGUUGCUGUCCAUUGAGUGUGGUGGCGCCCAUCGUUCUUGGUCGUAUAAGGAGUCCAUCAUUCCCACCAAUGAGGCCCUGGAUUCGGGAAAAGCUAACGUCGGAGCAAGGACUUUCGUUUGGACUAAAGCCGGCAGAGUAAACUGGCACCUCGCUCAGGGUCCUACCCACACCGCGAUCCAGAACGGCGGGCACGGGCGCGAGAUCAAAGCAGUAGCACGAUAUCCAAAGUGCAUCUACAACGAGACUCUCAUCGCCACAGGAGCCGAAGACACAACCAUCCAACUGUUCGCGCUUGGGCCCUCCGUUAAAUCAAGAGGCAAACCUAGAGAUCCCGGAACCGAUGGCCACAAAGUCAACACCACCUUUCACAGGGUUGCGACACUCAAGCGGCAUACCACCGGCCUGCAACACCUCCUAUUCUCCUCUUCGGGUGAGUUUCUCUUCAGCAGUGCCGGAAGCGAAGAAUUCUACGCAUGGAAACUCAGCUCUGGCGUGCCCGGCGUUGGUAUCGGGACCGUGUUGUGGGAUAUGAUGCCCACACGGGAGGAAGAUUCGGAUGCUAGGAUCAUGAGCUUUGAUCUGAUCCAAAGUCUGUCCACGGUCCGCACAAAUGGAUCACACCAAGCCGAUACUAGCGGUGAGAGAAUCAUAGAAGAUACUCUCAGUGAAUCGUACACCUUGGCCCUCGCCUACUCCAAUGGCAAAGCGAAGAUUGUACGAUACACACCUUCGUCGGCACGGGAUCAAGGAACAUACGAAGCGCUGCGCGAGAUCGUCUAUGGCUCCUUCUGUGUGAUGCAAGCAUUCUUCCUGCGCCCGACCUUUCUGCCCGUGAAAAGUGCCGAUACUCAAGUAUAUGUCUUGUCUGCUGGCACGAACGGGUACCUGAACCUCAACUCUACGGCAGCAGUCCUUGGUACGGACAGGCCAAGGGGAGAUAGGACCGCGCCCUUAGCAAUACAAGUGAACCGAACGCAUCAGAGCAGCAUCCUCGCGAUGGACGUGAUGCGUCUGGGCCCGGAAACAUACCUUGUCGCGACUGGAGGCGACGACAAUGGCUUUGGUCUCACACUCGUCUCAUCAGCCUCAGCCUCAUCCUCCAGCUCCAUUCCUUCUUCUGUUCCCACCAGCAAGUCAACGGCACCAUCUUCCUCUCAACAAGACAACUUCCACAACCCCAGUGAGUACCGGGGUGCAACGCCUAUCUCUAACCAAUUGCCCCUUGACAACCCCUCCCCGCAUCGCUUCCGGACCAUCCUCAUCCCACAAGCCCACGCCGCUGCCGUGACGGCCCUGAAGAUCACAGACCUGACAAGAACACCGACGAGGCUGUCGCUCGCUGUAAUCACAGCAGGGAACGACCAGCGCGUGAAAGUAUGGAUGGUCCAUAUCGACCUUGAUUCAAAUGACUUUUUGGCUGCCGCGCCGGUCCCACGCACUGCAACUGGCACCCCUAACAACGGGAUCAGCGACACGAAUGAUGACGACCCAGUCCUAAAGGCUAUACAGGUCCAGCGAGCCGCGAGUGAGUGGACGGGUGUUGCGGAUGUAAGUGGACUCGAGAUCAUCGAGAACGAGGACUACACUACUCCUAGCCCUGCUUCUGGUCCUACUCCCAUCUCGGAGUCGGAGAUCGGUCUGCAUGACGCAGAUGGAGGGAGUCCCGAAUCUUGCCCCCUCCCAGGAACAGGAACAGGAACAGGUCUCUACGACUCCAAAGACGCUGCUGAUUCUCCUGCCUUGGCCAGAGUGGCUCGUUCAGAAGGACGCACUGACGAUCACACAUGUACCAAACAAAGCUACAAGGUCUUGGUCGUGGGCGUCGGCAUGGAACUACUAAGCAUAGAGUGCAUCUAG